AUGUCCAACCUCGCUCAAGCUCGAUUACAUGAGGAACGAAAGAACUGGAGGAAAGAUCAUCCCUUUGGAUUCUACGCUAAACCUGUUAAAGCUGCUGAUGGGACGAUGAAUAUUAUGUUGUGGGAAGUAGGAAUUCCAGGGAAAGCGGGUACGAUAUGGGAAGGAGGUGUAUACAAAGUGAUGAUGACUUUCCCUGAUGAGUUCCCAACGAAACCACCCAAAUGUAAAUUCGACCCUCCUCUCUUCCAUCCUAACGUAUAUCCCUCUGGUACCAUUUGCCUGUCGAUUUUGGAUGAAGAGAAGAAUUGGAAACCGUCGAUCACAAUCAAACAGAUUGUUCUUGGUGUGCAAGAUCUCUUAGAUAACCCUAACAUCGGUGAUCCAGCUCAGAUAGAUGCUUACCAGAUGUACAAAAACGAUAAGAAUGCUUAUGAGAAACGCGUGAAGCAACAAGCUGUGGAACGAAGACAGAAGUAA